UUCUGUUUGUUCCAGAUGUCUCUGACUGUUGUUACUGUGAUGCUGCUGUGCAUUAAUGGUUUGGUUGUAGCAGUUCCAGUCAACCUAAUGCCCAUUCAGACAGCAGACAGACACAGGGAGGUUGUCAUUUUCUACGCGGCUUACCAAGGCUCGCUGAGGGAAGUUCUGGUCAGCCCGGUCGUCUUCAACCAGGUGUUGGUCAACCAGGGCUCGGCCUACAGUAAUGAAACCGGUAUGUUCACCGCACCGGUCUCUGGCAUCUACCAGUUCAUGUCCUCCUUCCAGCUCUGCAGAGGGAACUUCAACAACGACUGGCGCCUCACGGUCAACGGGGUCUUCAGGAGUUUCUGCCACGCACAGGUGUCUGGUGGUGACACAACCCUCAACACCUGCUACUACAUGGAGAAACUCAAAAAAGGUGACCAGGUGUGGAUAACUCAGCAAGUGGGGAGUUGUGCCUGGGCUAGCAGCCUCUCCAAAACCAUCACCUUCUCUGGGGUUCUACUGGCCAGUGAAGAUAUGUCCAUGGUUGGAGGAAGGUACCAGUCUGGGAGUUCCUGUCCUCUGCCCAUUAUGGGCGCCAACAUGAAACCCACGUCUGCUUCUGCAGAGAACAGCUCUGCUUCGUCCGCUGUGGCCGUCACACUGCUGCUCUGUGCUCUUCUUUCUUCUUGA